AACACUGGCAUCGCGGGUACCACAAGGGAGCACUUGGGUCUUGCCAUGGCGUUGAAGGUGCCCAUUUUCAUUGUCAUCAGUAAAGUGGACCUGUGCACUAAGAGCACGGUUGAGCGUACGGUCCGGCAGCUAGAACGCAUCCUCAAACAGCCCGGAUGCAACAAGGUGCCCAUGCUGGUGUCUACUACAGAUGACGCCGUCACUGCCGCCCAAAAGUUUGCACAGUCGCCCAGCAUCACACCGAUCUUCACUCUGUCCUGUGUAUCGGGUGAGAGUCUGGAUUUACUAAAGGUCUUCUUUAACAUCCUACCUCCAUUGAGCAACAGCAAGGAACAAGAAGAACUCAUGCAGCAGCUCACUGAGUUUCAGAUUGAUGAGAUCUAUACAGUUCCAGAUGUUGGGACAGUAGUCGGUGGAACUCUUUACAGCGGGAUCUGCCGGGAGGGCGAGCAGCUGGUGGUGGGACCCACCGAUGAUGGCAAGUUUCGGGAGUUGAAGGUGUGCAGCAUUCAGAGGAAUCGCUCCGGAUGUCGAGUGCUCAGGGCUGGUCAGGCAGCUACAUUGGCGUUGGGGGAUUUCGAGCGUUCUCUGUUACGAAAGGGUAUGGUGAUGGUUAGUCCAGAGAUGAACCCCACUAUCUGCUGGCAGUUUGAGGCAGAAAUCAUUUUACUGUUUCAUGCUAAAACCUUCCAUAAGGGCUUCCAGGUGACCGUCCACGUAGGCAACAUCAGACAGACGGCCACAGUUGAGGCUCUACAAGGAAAGGAUGAGCUCAGGACAGGUGAGAAAGCUGUGGUACGAUUCAAGUUUAUCAAACACCCAGAGUACUUGAAGGUGGGCGCCAAGCUGCUUUUCAGAGAGGGAGUUACCAAAGGCAUCGGACAGGUCACCAAACUACAGCCUGCCUCCCAGUACCAGCACAGCUCUUGAUGCAAACAAAUGCAAACUCCCUUCAGUCAUCCACUGAUCUAUCUUUCUCCUCGUCCUUCACUGUUUUCCCUCUUCUAUUUAAUCUCACUUUGUCAACGUCAAGCCUUUUCCAAGUCUUGAGUCCAUGCCCUCAUGGAUUGAUUUAAUCAGUGUGUCGGUCCUCUUAUGUUUAAACACACAAGUUUAAAUCAUAACUGAUGGCCUUUCACACAUCUGUCUUUUAAAUGUGAUUCUCUUAACUCCAAAUGAGCAGUUUUAACAUCCAAACACUGUCCGAUAAAGCUUGUUUGUGGGCAACAGUAGUCCUUAAGCAUUCAUUGUUCAGUAACCAAAGGAAAGGACAGAUGUAAAUAUAGCACAGCUGCCAAAGACACUGAAUGUUUUGGUAGUAGUUUUUAUAGUUUAUUGCUGAUGUCAAUGAAAAAUUAUUUAUUGUCAAGGCAGCUAGUCAACAGAGUUUUAUAUCUCCACCUUACAUGAAACUCUGCUCUACCAAAUCUCCACAUUGCCUUUUAUUGUUGUGGCGUUAAGUCUCUGAUAAUGGGCAAUAAUGUUAAUAUAAACGUCUUGUCUUACCACCAAGUGUUCUUUCACCCUUGCUGCUUUUGGAAAUAUCUGAGACAGAAUGUAAUCUAGUUUACUCAAGUGCUUUAGUAGCUCAGGAAUGACUGAUGUAGUUCUUAUAAGCAGUUAACUAGUCAACUCCAGAUUUGGAGGAGUAGUAGUAGAUUGCACAAACCUUCAGGAUACUUUCUUUUAUUCAAACAUGCAAAGAAAUCGUAUAUAUUUCUACGCUGUUGAUUUCGUUUCUGGCUUUAAGCAUUUCUUGUCUUGGCUUACUGGUUUUAGAUCGUUCGAAUGACUGAAUUUUGAGUUUGUUUUAUUGCACCACAAAGUUUCCAGGUUUACUUAAGACUUGAUUUGGUGCUAACACUGUUCAAUUUAAACCUUUUAAAAUUAAGAUGUUGAAAGAGGUUGAGGUUUUGUUAAGCUAGUUCUCGUCUUAUUACCACUGCAUGGUUGUUUAUCUGAAAGUCUCAUUAUUGAAUAGCAUAUCAAGACACUUUGUGCCUGUGUGAGUGUUUAAUAUUUACUUUGAGGUUUCUAAAAUAUUACUGUUUUGUCUUUCCUGUGCAAUUUUAAAGGAAGAAAAACGAUGUAUUUGACAAUGAAUAUAUAAUAGACACCUGAUACCACAUUGUUUUAAAUCAAUUCCAAAUGAUUUUUUUCUUAUGCAUUUUUCAAUGCCUGUUACUUUUCUGGUUGCCAGAUGUUUCUUCAAAAAUAUUUUUAAUAUUUUACCCUUUUCUGGUGAAUUUAUGUAAGUUUAUUUGUAUAUUGUGGUGUACAAAAUUAAAAUCUUUAUUAUAUUCACGCUUGAUGAAUUCAUGUGUCAUUAGCUUGUAAAACCCGAAUGGAUGGAAUGGAUGAAAGCUGGGAAACAAAAAAAAAUCAAGCUUGGAUUAACUUGUACAGUACCGUACUAGUGAAUAAAUGUUUUGCUGAAAUAAUUUUAGGUAAGAUAUUGAUAAACCCAGUCCUUAAAUAAAUGAGGUUUUAUAUAAAUAUAUAAACCUUUUUUAGUUUGUUUAAAGUUAAUUGCUGUUAAGAAGUAAUUUUAUAAACAAUUUUUCUAAUAAUAGGUAAUUACUAAUUAAUUCCCAAAUAGAUGACUGUCCAUAGCAUAAUCUUAUGAUUUUUGUCAUUAAAUCUUCAUUGCACGCACGGAGAUGUGUGAGUUGCUUUAAAAUGAGUUUUAGGAAGUGAUAUUUAUAUCUCUUAUCUAUGAGAAACAGUUUGCAUCUGUCAACACUCACUACAUUAUAUCUGCUUACUACUGAAGACUCUCAAACAGUCAUUAUGAUAUUUCUUAGUAAAAAUAUAAAAGGUUUUACAAUUUUACAUUGCUACUGAUGUCCUUGGAUAAACCAAGUAUGCCUUUAUCCACUAGGAGAAGCGGGAAUAUGUAUCAAGCUAAAUGCUGAAAACAUUACGAAGGUCUUGCAUUUGAUCUGUAGUUCAACAUUUUGCCUUUUCUCAAUGUCAUUCAUGGUUAUUGCUAGCAUACAUUUAAACAAAGUUUGCUGUGUUUCUUCAUGUUGUAUAUUCUGCCCUCUAGUGAAAUGAUAUGAACAAUGCAUUCAAGAAGUACACAUUUAGCCCGAUUUAAACAAACCUCCAACUUUAAGAAACAUUUGUGCUAAACCUUUUUUGUGAAAACCUUUCAAGCUAUCAGACUUAAAAGUAGAAAUGAGUGAUAAAAACUAAAAGACUUUAUGGAUCUUUCUAUCAUAUAUGUGCAUUGCUAUAUCAUGCCUGCCUUGUGCUUGAAUAGAAGUGUUCACUU